ACAUCACUGAGCCUUCUGUAGAUAUAAGUAGUGAAGCUGUGAGAGUUUGUCAGACUGAAGGAGAAGCAGCAGUUUGUCUCUGUUUCCUCUGAAGGUGAAGACACAAAGUCUCUUCAGUUUGACCUGCAGACAGACCCACAUCAGGAGUUUGAUCACCUCAUUUCAGCAGAAACCUGACAAUGAAGAUGAUUCCACUCCUCAUCCUCCUCUUUGCUCCGCUGUUGAUCAGCGGUGGUGAUCUCAUCCACCCGAUGGACUGCAGCGACAUCCAUAAAGACAAGAGCAAACCCAGUGGAGUGUACACCAUCUAUCCUGUUGGAGACAGGUCUGCUGUCCAGGUGUACUGUGACAUGGAGUCAGUUGGAGGAGGGUGGACGGUGUUCCAGAGGAGGAUGGACGGCUCAGUGAACUUCUACAGGCCCUGGAACCAGUACAAGUUUGGCUUUGGUAGCGCUGCUGGAGAGUACUGGCUCGGUCUUAAAAACAUCCACUCCCUGACAAAUGAGAGAAAAAACGAGCUGCUGGUCGACAUGGAGGACUUUGAUGGAAAGAAAGUGUUUGCUCGGUAUACCUCGUUCUCUGUUGGUACAGAAUGUGACGGAUACAAACUGCAAGUGUCUGGAUUCAUCAAUGGAGGGGCGGGAGACUCCCUGACUUAUCACAGUGGACAGAAGUUCUCCACCUUCGACAAAGACCAGGACUCUUCAAGCUCCAACUGUGCCAAACUCUACCUGGGGGCGUUCUGGUACAAGAGCUGUCACUAUGCAAACCCCAACGGUGUUUAUCGCUGGGGGGCUGAUAGCACUAUAAAUUAUCUUGGAGUGGAGUGGUACUACUGGAAGGGCUGGAACUACUCCCUGAAGACCAUCAGCAUGAAGAUCCGUCCUGUGCAGUAAAUCUCCAGGACCAGCAGAAUAUCAGAUGUUGAUCUCUUUCUCUCUUUUCUCUCAUCUCUGGUGUAAUCUCACAUAAUCAGUAGAAUCAAACAGACACAUAGACUCUGAUCAGAUGCUAAUAGCUGCAUUAACUU